UACACCAUCGUUUAUGCUCAAGGUUGCAGAUGAUGUCACAAAGACGGCUAUCCAAUUUACUUGGAAUGGAUGGAGGGACGCGUUAUCAAAGGUUGCUCGAUACGCUCUGGAAGUGUUCAAGCUGGAACCCGAUGGAUUAGGCGACCUUAAAGAGCCAUACACAGACACAGUAGAUAAUCCAGUACCUUUAAACAUUACUGAAUUCAACGAAACCUCUUCAGGGGUCCAUACAUUCUCCUAUAGACCAGACAAACCAGGCGUUUAUUCUUGGAUUUUGGAAGUAAAUGACAAAGCCAAUAACUCGGUGUAUGUUCGGCGUAUUGUUAUUUAUGAUCCAGUUUCAACUGUCACGACAGACAGUUCCAAGAGACUAUAUGCGUCCUCUGGAAAUCCGAUUGCAUCGUUUGAAUGGCAAAAUCAUAACCCUUUGACAGCAAAAAUUACUUGGAAAGGACACUUUUUAAAUUCUUUACAUGAAAAUGGGAAGUUUUUAAAUCGUGUCAAGCAUUUUCCUGAUUCCUUAGAUGACGGCGGGUAUCGUAAUGGCUACAAAAAAAUUCCACCGGAAUAUGACGACAAGAUUGGUGAGAGAUCAAUAAAUGCUAUACCAAAUGAACGCGGGAUUGUUAAAUACGAGGUGGCUUAUUACAAUGGAAAAGAACAACAAGUGGCACCUGCAUACCAGAUCCGAAAUCUUCAGUUCAAUGAAACUGAACAAACUAUCACUUUAGGCACAGCGUUAGAAGAUGGCAGAUCAUUAAGCGUUUGGGUUAAAGCUUAUGAUGUUCUUGGUAACACUAAGGAAGAGCGCCUUGUUCUACACUACGAUUCAUCCAAACCUUCAGUGCAAUCACAAACAUUGGAAAGAAAUGUGGGGACAGAUAAAAUGGAUUAUAGAAGCAGAAUUCAUGUAAUUGGAGCCACUGAUCCUCACAGUGGAGUUAAGAGCAUUAAAUAUCGAUUCAUUGAAAAGAGUACAGGAAAGAUAAUAAAUAAUAAAGAAUAUGAAUAUGAAAAUCCAAAAAGAGACUCAAGCUACUGCAACUUACAUCCCUGUGACACAAAUUUACCGACUGGUGAGUCAUACGGCAGGACUAUUGACUUUCACUUUGAGAACUGUUAUGCCAUGAACGUGAGUAACGUUUCUACCGAGGUAGUAAGAAUGGAGAUGGAUUUUUAUAAUUCAGCAGGGCUCUACGUUACUGAACAUUUAGAGAUAGCCAAUCUCACAAAC